GUGCCUCAUGACUACAUGCUGUCACUUUACAAGAGCCUGUCGGAGCCCGAGAGGAGAGGGAUAAACAGCAGCUUGCUCCGGGCUCGCAGCCAUGCCAACACUGUCACCAGUUUCGUGGAGCAAGACAAUGACGGAAUCACCGUGGGUAAGAAACAGAGAUACCUAUUCGACAUCACCAAGCUGCCGGACAGCGGAGAGCUGGUGGGAGCUGAGCUGAGGAUUUUCCGGAAAUUGCCGGCUGAUCUGCAGGCGGCGCUGUCCCGGGGAGGCAGCGUCUAUCGGAUGUUGCUGUAUCAAUGUGAGGAGCCAGGCAAAAAAGCACCAGGAAGAGUUGAUUCACGGACAGUUGACAUCUUGGAUACCGAUUCAUCUGAGUGGCAAGUGUUCGACGUGUGGGAGUUACUGAAAAGCCACAUCAGUGCAAACCUGCUAUGUUUAGAUGUGGAAAUAAUUUCCGAUUACUCCCAGGAGGUUUUAGACCCCAGACUGCUGGGAUUUAAUCGCUCUGAUCUGCAGCCCCAGGAAAAAGCGCUUCUCGUGGCGUUCAGCAACACCAGGAAAAGGGAAAACCUUUUCCGGGAGAUCAGAGAUAAGAUCAAGUCACUGGGUGGAUCGUUCUCGCUACCAGCCAGCAAUGAACCCAGUGUCAAGCGCCGUAGGAAAAGGAGAACUGCGUUUUCAGGCAGGCCCAGUAGAGGAAGUGGUAAAAAAGUCAAGUCAAGAUGCAGCAGGAAACCUCUUCAUGUUAAUUUCAAGGAGCUGGGCUGGGAUGACUGGAUCAUCGCGCCUUUGGAUUACGAGGCGUACCAUUGCGAAGGGAUCUGUGAUUUCCCACUCAGGUCCCACCUGGAACCCACUAACCACGCCAUCAUACAAACGCUGAUGAAUUCCAUGGACCCGGAGUCCACACCACCCAGUUGCUGUGUCCCAUCCAAACUCAGCGCCAUUAGCAUUCUCUACAUAGACUCGGGCAACAAUGUGGUCUAUAAACAGUACGAGGACAUGGCAGUGGAAGCGUGUGGGUGCAGGUAG